GAACAAAGAAAAUGGCUGCGCCCAUAAAUAUCAGAAUUGUUUUAAAAAAAUUAUUUUAAUAGUAUUAAACAUUUUGGGGUUCAUGUCUCUACAUGUCCUGAAUUGCGGAAUUGUGAUUGUGUGGAUUUAAACGUUUUAUCAAUGGCUAGUGUUAUUAGUUGGUGUUCUUCAAGAUACUUGAUUCCUAAGUCCGUCAUCUCGGUGUCUGUGCGACGUGGCGAGACGUGGAAACAGCGAGUUCUGAAGAGAGAGAAGAUCAAGGAACAGGUCACGGAGUACAUCGGAGUGAACGCGCAGCGAGCGGAACGAGUUUACGUUUGGGGCUGUGCGGUGACCGGGGCUUUGGGUAUAAAGAGUUAUUUGAAGCCCGAAAAAAAUCAGAUUCCGAAACUGAAACAGUCCAGGCCAGCUCGUUUGAAAUUCAUUGACGAGAAUGACAUUAAGGUGAAGGUCGCUGCGUGUGGUUACGGUUUCACUCUCUACUACGCCCGUGUGCCGGGCGGAUACAAAUUAUUUGCUUCCGGAAUUAACACAGAUUCGCAGUUGGGAUUUCACGAGAUGCCUAGGAAAUCUGGAAGAAUACUGGACUACAUAAUAGAACCAGCUGUAGUGAAUUUGCCGCUACAGAAACCGGAGAGUACGAGGAUACGACAUUUAGCGUGUGGUCGCGCUCACUCUCUCAUCCUCACAGACGAAGGAGUGUUCAGUCUGGGUAACAAUGCCUAUGGUCAGUGCGGGAGACCUGUUGUUGAAGAAGAGGUUUAUGGAAAGAAUCCUACCAUAAACAAAGUGUCAAAUCUUCCAGAUAACAUAUCACAGGUUGUCUGUGGACAAGACCAUUCUUUAUUUAUCUCCACGACAGGAGAACUCUACAGCUGCGGUCUUGGGUCAGACGGACAGACAGGCCUGCAGAGUUACGAGAUUGUGAGUUCUCCAACUAGAGUUAAGGGAGACAUUGACGGUGAACACAUUGUAUCGGCCGCCGGGAAAGGAGAUUGUGUGUUAGCUGUGUCAGACAAAGGUGACUUGUUUGGUUGGGGCAACUCUGAAUACAAUCAGUUGGCAUUGGUUACCGACCACGCCCAGGAAAACAUUCCUCGACACAUUCCACUUAAGAAUUGUGGGAAGAUUAUCAGGGCAGCUUCUGGCGGUUCCAUUUGUGCCAUAUUAAAUGAUGCUGGUGAGGUAUACGUGUGGGGUUACGGUAUUCUCGGGAAGGGUCCUGUAGUAGAUGCAUCCGAAGCCCCCCAGCUUAUACCCAAGACGCUAUUUGGCCAGAGUGAACUCCAGCCUGAUGUCAAGGUGAAGGACAUUGAUUGUGGAAUUGGACAUUUUGCAGCACUAACAGACCAUGGUGAUGUUUUUACCUGGGGUAAGAACAGAGAAGGUUGUCUUGGUUUAGGGAAACCUGGAGAUCAGUUCUUUCCUCUCAAGGUGUCACUUCCAGCGGAGGCUCACAGUGUCAGCUGUGGUGUGGACCACAUGAUCGCCCUCUGUCGGUCAUUCUCUUAGCAAGGAAGACAAUCCACUUUGAUUUCAUCAACAGAAGCAGUGAUAUCUGAAAGACAUGUUUAAAACUCACCAACUGAAGUUGUAACUUAAGUUGAAAAGUUAUAACUGGGAUUGUAAAAUUAUAACUGUCAUUGUAACGUAACAGAAGGUGAAAGUGAAGUUGUAAAGUUAUAAAUAAAGGUGUAAGUUACAGUUGAAGAUGUAAAGUUAUAAUUGGGAUUGUACUAACUAACUGGGGUUGUAAAGUUACAUCUGAAGUUGUAAAAGUUAUUUACAAAAUUGUUACAACUGAAGUUGUAAAGUCACAACUCAAGUACUAAAAUUAUAAAGUUAUGAUUGACAUUGUAAAAGUGUUUAAAAAAAAAAAAUUGUAGUUAUAACUGAUAUUGUACAGUUAUAUUACAAUGUCAAGUUGUUUAGUAAAGUGAAAAGUUACAACUACAGUUGUAAAGUCGACAGUUGAGAAUUGGCAUCUUAUGCAACACUUUUUCUUUUAUUACUCAGGGAGUACCGACUCUGUGGCCAUAGGAAUCAGUUUUGAAAUGAUGAAUAUUCAUUCAGUGCAUUUAUAGAAUUGUUUUGAACUGAUAAAUUUAUAUAUUUUUAUAUACAAGUUUAUACAGUUGUAUGUAUAUUUGUGUUUCUAUAUGAAUGUGUAUACUAGCAUGUCGUGGUGUGUGUGUGUGUGUGUGUGCAUGUGUGUGCAUGUGUGCAUUCGGUAUACAUGUGUGUGUGUGUGUGUGUGCAUUCGGUAUACAUUGUGUGUGUGUGUGUGCAUUCAGUAUACAUGUGUGUGUGUAUGUUAUGGGCACACACCUGUAUGCAUUCGGUAUGUCAUGCGUGUGUGUGUGUGCAUUUGGUAUACAUGUGUGUGUGUGUGUUAUGGGCACACACCUGUAUGCAUUCGGUAUACAUGUGUGUGUGUGUGUGUUAUGGCCACACACCUGUAUGCAUUCGGUAUAUGUCGUGCGUGUGUGUGUGUGCAUUCGGUAUACGUGUGUGUGUUAUGGCCACACACCUGUAUGCAUUCGGUAUAUGUGUGUGUUAUGGCCACACACUGUAUGCAUUCGGUAUAUGUCGUGUGUGUGUGUGUUAUGGGCACACACCUGUAUGCACUCGGUAUAUGUGUGUGUGGUGUUAUUAUGGGAGUUCAUGUUAUUAUAAGUUUGUGACUAGUCUGAUCUUGUAUUCUUAUGCACCAUUUCAAUGCCAUAAAAAUAAAAAUAUUAACACUGAAAAAA